CUUCAUUCUAGUGAUAACAGAUUUCACCCUGCUUUCAACAUUCUCACAUCUGUCAACUCAAUCCAAAUGUCUACUCCAGUUCAAUCUUUAUUGGCCGACCUCAAGGCAUCCACUGCUCAACUUGUGGGCGUCAUUGCCGGCACCCGGCACGUCCCGGCCGGCUCAGUGCACAUCCACAUUGCUCUGGCAAGGCAGGUCACCAAUCUGUUGGCUGACAUCAUCCGGGUGCAUGAGAAAGGGGAUUACAUCCCUGGCAUUGUGGCUUCCUGUUCUAAGGAGCUGAUGAGGGUGUUGCCCAACUGGCACAGCAUUGGCCAUGAUGAUCCCCGGGUGGCUAGACACGCCUGGCGCAAGCAGGUCCGUGCCUGGGAGGCGUUGGGUGACAAUUCCUGUGAUCUCCCUGUUGUUUCUAAUCCUUCCACUGGCCCACUGACUGUCAAUCUUCCGUCUCCACCUGUCCCUUCCCCCGCACCUGUCCCUUCCCCCACCACUGUCAUUCACUCCCCUCCCGUCGUCGCCGGCAAUGUCGCCGGACCUUCCGGCAAGACGACCUCCGAGUUCCGGGACAAAGGGAAAGGUAAGGCCAUUUCUGUUGACUUGGAGCCGGAAGUCGGAGGGAGCAACAAGAGGAAGUCCCCCAUGAUUUCUGGACACUCCUCCCAACCUCCGAAGUCGGCGAUGAAGGGUCACAAGUGUGUCAAGUCAACUGGACUCCCCAAGUCAAAGCCGUUUGUGGAGUCGGAAGAUGAUGAAGACCCAAUUGUUCAGCCGAUUUCGCGUGGAGUGCCAGAGGUCGUCCUUUCCCAGCUCUCCACCAUUGUUGAAUCUCCCAUCAGUCGUCCGGAGGCUCGGGCAACCUCCGGCAGUCGUCCGGAAGUUGAGGAGUCCACUGGUGAUACUUCCAGCGCUUCGGACGAGGUCCAGCAUCCCUGCCUGUCUUGCAUCCGCUGCUCCACCAAGAAGAUCAAAUGCAACCCGGCAUCUCUGGGAUCCCCGCCCAAACGGACCCGAGGGAAGUCUACCACGGGACGGACGCGUUCCAAGACACCUGCCCCUGCUCCAUCCACUGCUCCGUCUCCCUCCAGGUCAAGGGCCCGGACUCGUAGUCAAUCUCGUGGCCCGUCCCGAACUCCGGCCAUCCCUGCUGCAAGUACACCCCAGGUGCAGUCACGUGACACCUGCACCCUGCACCUGCACCUGCACCUGCCACCUGCACCUGCCCCUGCACCUGCACCUGCACCUGCGCCAACUCCUGUUCGGUCUUCGAGUUCGCAGUUGCCUCGUGCAGCACUAGAUGUUCCCAUGCCGGAUCUCCAUUCCAUGGCAAUCGCGAUUCGGGAUGGUGCAGCUCGCAUCGCUAUUCUUGAGGCUCGGGUGCAGGAGCAGGAUGCUAAGAUUGAUACCCUCCAACGCCUCCAUGAGAGCCUCCGGCGCACGAUGGUCGACCCGCACCCUUCAUUUUCACUUCCGGACACACCGGCCGAUGCAACAAUCUUGCUUGAUCAAUCUGGUCCCCCCCCGUCCAUUUCACCCCUCCCCUCCACACUUUCCAACCUCAUUGAUUUGGACAUGUCAGUCAUGGAACCCACACCCUUGAUGGUUGAGGAUGGAUCUGCUAUGGUAGGUCUCAAUGUUGAGCCCACCCAAGUUCAGCCUGAGGGUCCACAAUCCUCCGGCGAAAUUGUGCUCCCGGAUGAACCAGGCAACCUCUUGCCAGAAUCCUCCGGCGAUAUUGUGGUCCCUAAUGAACAAGGUAACCUCCUGCCAGAAUAUGAUUCCUCUGAUGAGGAUAUGGAUGUUGAGGGGAAGGUUGAUCUUCCUGGUGAGGAGGUUGCAAUGGCUACAUAAUUGCUCAGUGAUAGAUGUACAUAAAUCUUUUUCAAUGCAUGUUACCUAUGCCACAAUUGAAUGAUUCAAUAAUCAGUCCC